UCUUUAAUAUUUGCUUUAACUGGAUUAGCUAGUGAAGAAGAUAAAGAUCUAACUUUUGAAAGUGGAGUUGAUGGAUUUUUAACCAAACCUGUCAGUUUAAAAAUGUUGGAAAAAGUAUUAAAAAAAUGGUCAGAUAAAAAUGAACAAUCAAGUGAAAAUAGUAGUGUUGGAAGUAGUAAUAGUAGUAGUAAUAGUAGUGGAGUAAGUACAUGA